AUGCAGCGACAGGCAGCGUCGCUCGAGCAGCAGCAGGCUGUGAUGCAGCAGAUGGAGGCUGCGAGAGUAGCCGCUGUGGAUGCUCAUCGGCAGCACAUGGAGGCCCUCCGCCAGGAGUGGAGUCUGGAGGACUUUCUGAAGCACCACCCGGCGAAGUUCGACGGGAAGACUAGUCCUGACGCCGCAGACCAAUGGCUGAAGGACCUGGAGCGCAUCUACGACGCCAAGAUGUGCCCUGCGGAGAACAGGGAGCGAUUCCUCUCCGAGUACUUUCCCGACAGCAUCCGGUACGCCAAGGAGGUGGAAUUCCUCCAGUUGACACAGGGGGGAAAGACUGUUACAGAGUAUGCUGAGAGACAUGAGGAGCGGAGGAGACCGUAUGAUAGACCACACCAUCAGCCUCAGAAGUCUAGGAGCUUUCCUCCGCAGCAGGGUCGAGUUCGGUGUUACUCAUGUGGAGGACCCCACCCGAGGUAUGCGUGUCCACGUAAGGAGGGUUACCGCCGGUGCAACAACUGUGGCAAGGAAGGCCACUUUGGGAGAGAUUGCCCCAACCUUGCUAGGGCAGCGACACGCCCUCCAGUUCAGGCACCCCAGCAGCAUCAGGGGAGAGAUAGAGGCAACAGGCCUCAGGCGACGGGCAGAGUCUAUGCUAUGACAGGAGCAGAGGCGACUGGUUCAGGUAAUUUGGUUAUGGGUUGCUGCUUGAUAGCUGGUGUAUCUUGUUGUGUGUUAUAUGACUCUGGAGCGACGCACUCCUUUGUGUCAGAUAGUUGUGUGAAACGUCUGGGUUUGCCAGUAAGCGAGCUACAGUGCGAGCUCGCGGUGUCUACUCCGGCGUCGGGAUUGGUCACGACGUCGUCUUUGUGUGCUCAGUGUCCAGUGGAGGUAGAGGGACGUAGGUACAAGGUGAAUCUAAUCUGCUUGCCUCUGCAAGACUUGGAAGUGAUCUUAGGGAUGGAUUGGCUCUCUGCCAGUCGCGUCCUUAUAGACUGCCGGGAGAAGAGGUUGUUGUUUCCCGAUUCAGAGGAUCUCGAGUUAGUGUCUCCCCAGGGGGCGGUGAGGGAGAUUCAGAGUGGCGCGUAG